UGUUCGUUAUUACUCUUCUCCAUAUGAUAGACACGACACAAUAUGAAUACACACAAAUGAAUAUAUACACACAAAUGCAUUUCUAACAAAUAUUUACCAUAACAAAUCACUUCAAAAUGGAUGGUCUACUAGAAUUUGCCGCCAAGUAUUUUCCUGAGUUAGAAAAAAUCGCUGAAGCUGGAGAUGGAGCAGGCCGUGAAGAUGAUUUGUUGAAGGUGCUGCAGUCACUGAAAACAAAAAAGGAAAAGAAACCCACUUUACAAAAAAAACAAAAGAAAACACACGAGGGAAGUGGACCUCAUUUCUAUAGGCAUCCCCCAAGACCUAUCCUACAUCCAAAAUGGUACCCACAGCCCAAGUGUGCUCACAUGCAAGAAUACUUUAUACCAAAGAAGGCGGCUUUGCCUCAUCCAGAAAGGUUUAAGCGCAAACACCCACUAGUCAGACCGAGCCAACUCAAAACUGGAACUGUCAUUAAUAAUGUCUCAAAUGCAUUAGAAAAGUUUAAAAGGAAGAGAGAUAAAUUUUUAAUAUAUCUACAGCAACUUCAAGAUGAGCUUACAGAACUUAACCUUCCCAGUAUAUCAAAAGAAGACAUGAUACCAAAAGUAAAGAAAAAGAAUAAAAAAGAAAAAAGUGAUUCUAAACAAGUGGUAUCCACAAAGUCCAAGAAAGCUCCUAAAAAGAGAAAACUUGGAAAAAAGAAAAUAUCAAAAAAAAAUAAUUCAGAAAAAAAAUCACUUGUUAUUGAAAAUGUUAUUCAUUUAAGCAGUGAUAGUAGCACCUUCAGCUUCACUGACUCGGAAAAUAUCUAUUAAUAUCGGUGGUAAAGUAAUGUAAAUUAACAAAAAUUGUUUUUAUGUUGUAAAUAAAUAGACCAUUUUAACACA